CUUUUCAUCUUCCUUCUUCCUUCUUCUUCUUCUUUGUUCAAACACAAAAGACCGACAAAAGCCUCUGUCUUAGACAAAGAUAAAGAAACAGAACAACACAAUACAGAUUACAGAGAAAGAGCAAUGGCUAUUACACAAAUACUUGUCCUCUUUGCUUCUGCAUUACUCCUAUCAAUGUUCUUCACUGGCGUCGAUUCCACAAGGUCUAAUGAAACAUGGCAUGAACAUGCAGUUGAGAAUCCAGAGGAAGUAGCUGCCAUGGUGGACAUGAGCAUUCGAAACAGCACAGAACGAAGAAGAUUAGGUUACUUCUCAUGCUCAACCGGAAAUCCAAUCGACGACUGUUGGCGUUGUGAUCGGAGAUGGCAAUCUCGGCGAAAAGCUUUAGCCAAUUGCGCAAUUGGAUUCGGUCGCAACGCAAUCGGUGGCCGAGACGGUCGUUACUACGUCGUAAACGACCCAAACGACGAUAACCCGGUUAACCCUAAACCGGGAACAUUACGUCACGCAGUAAUUCAAGAAGAACCACUAUGGAUUGUCUUUAAACGUGACAUGGUCAUAACAUUAAAAGAAGAACUAAUCAUGAACAGUUUCAAAACAAUCGAUGGUCGUGGUGUGAAUGUUCACAUAGCUAAUGGUGCAUGUAUCACGAUUCAGUUCGUGACUAACAUUAUCAUUCAUGGGAUUCAUAUUCAUGAUUGUAGACCAACUGGUAACGCUAUGGUUAGAAA